AUGCCACUUUCGCUAAUCCAUGGCAUUUUGCUGCUGGUCGGUGAUCUUUUAGCCUCGGCGCUUAGUGCAAUCAUACAAGCGUCUAUCGUGCUAGCGCUGAACUGCCGUCGAGCAGCAUGGAAGUACACGUGCGGCAUCAGCCGAACCCUCAACUUCUCUUCUCCCUCUCACCUUAACUCAUUCACAGCUCCCAUUUCCCCACUCACGUCUUCUUCUACCAUUUCAAGAUUCUGUCCAUCACCUAGUCCAUCCUCGACCCUUGUCGUUUUCCUUCAUCACACCAUUAUGCUCAGUAGCUUAGAAGGCCGAUAUAUCAAACUCGAAGUCCAUGCCGAUUUUUGGACAUCAUUAGACGCAUCACCCGAAUUAUCGGUGGAGAUCAGGGCGUCCUUCGAGGCUGAUCGGAUGCUUUGCAAUAGAGGAGUCAUUGGAAAACUUGAAACAUCAUGGGAUGCGCUGCUCGAUCAUGGAAAUGAGCCUUUCGACAUCUCAUUCCCGCCUGUUGAUGGUGUUCACCCUUCCCUCACGCUGAAGGCCGGUGUUCUACAUUCUUGCGACAAUCAGGACAGCGCACUGCUUGACUCCAUCGUUGAAUGUGAGAUUGCUCGAGAGACGGAUGCGGGCCAAGAACGAAUUGCUAAAUAUGUGACAAGCAAGACGAUCUCUCACCUGAACGAUGCCAUACAGCAUUUUCAGUUGGCCCUGGACCGAUGUCUGGGCGGCUAUCCUGACUGCGCAGGGGCUCUCACCAACCUCGCGUGGGCCCGCCUUCGAGACUACGAUCUUCAGGACAUCGACUGUAUCACUUUUCUCUUCCGCAAAGCCCUUGCAUUGUGUCUGCAGGGCUACCCUGAUCAUGCAUUAUCCAUCUGUCAUCUCAUUGACACGUUGAUCUGGCGCUACAAAAUGGAGAACUUCAUUGCCAUCUAUAUCCACGAGUCCGCGUUGCUGUGCUGCAAGCUAUUGCCCCUCUAUCCAGAGGGCACCUACCUUCGUAGCAUCGUGGUAGGGGUAGAUAGUGUUGAUUUUGUGAUCCGCGAAUGCAACAAUCUUCCAGUAGAUGCAUCCCAUGAAGGCAUCCACCUUCGACGAGUCGUACUCGAGCUCUGUCCCCUGGGCAACGAACACCAUCCAAACGCACUCAACGAGCUUGCAUGGGCUCUCAUAACACACUUUGAACAAUACGGCAGCAUUGAUGAUUUAGACGAGUGCAUACAAUGUCGUCGUAAAAUCAUUUCUCUGUGUUCCGAGGGAGAUUCUGAACAUGAUUCCUACCUGAAUAACUUAGUCUGGUCACUCUGGACUCGCUUCACACACCAAGGGAAAUAUCAUGACCUCAAUGACGCCAUCUGUUUGUACAAAGAAACGUUGCGCCCCGUUGAACACAAGGAUCGUAAUUCAUCCCAGUCCAGCCCACAGAUUUUCGGAGCUCAGCAAGUGUCUGUCCGAGGCUCGAGAUUCCACAAAAUACAGCACAGGAAGCUUACGGAGCAGUGGGGAGCAGUGGUAGCUGAAACCCGUGAUCUUAAAGGUCUCUCGAGGUUCCUUCUCCCAUCGUCGUAUGGGGAAUUGCAAGCGGCAGCGCGUCGCGGCCCAGUCAUCAUCCUCAUUAUGAUGAAGAAGCGUGUCACUCUGUCUUUCGUGGCAAUUGGACAGGGCCAACCAUGUACAGGGAAAAGCAAGGAGCUCUUAGCUGUCGACAGUGAGCUCGAGCUCGUCCGAAAGCUCGUCCCUGCGACGGCAAACUGUACCACCAUUUCUGGCGACGCAGCCACACGUGCAGGUGCACUCCGAGCAAUGCAAGAGAAUAAGCAAGUGCACCUUGCCUGUCAUGGAAAGCAGGACCGCGAGCAGCCUCACAACUCUCAUUUCGUCAUGAAAGAUAAACCAAUCACGCUACUUGAUAUCAUGGAGAAAGACAUUCCCCACGCUGAAUUUGCGUUCUUAUCAGCGUGUCAUACCAUCGUCGGCGAUGAGGAGACUCCUGACGAGGUGAUUCACCUCGCGGCUGGACUGCAAUUUUCAGUGUUCAAGAGCGUCAUUGGCACGCUGUGGGAGGUCGACGAUGCUGUCGCAAAACAUGUUGAUUUGGAGGACGGUGGUGUGAUGGACUGCACGAAGGCGGCCUGGGCACUCAAUCGUGCUACGCACGCCGUGAAGACGAAAGUGCCGCUCGAGCAGAGAAUGGUUUUUAUUCAUGUGGGUUUUGACAUUCUGGUUUACAUGCAUAUAUACAAGAUCAAAGGGAUGCGUGUAUUUCACCAUAAUGAUAACAACAACAGUAAUAGUAUUAGUAAGAACAAAGAGGUAGUGUGCUGUGCCAUAGAGUAUGAGAGAAUUUAUGGUGCUGUGCAUGAAUAG